AUGUCCUUUCAACAACAACAAUACUUACAACUGAACAAUUUCUAUCACCCACCUCGUCAUUCCCAAAAUCACUCAAUUAAUUCUUUGUCGUCAAUUAUAGAACCAACUACCCCACCUAAUCAUUCUUCUGCCACUAAUGGUGGUAAUUUCCAACAACAGCAACAACAGGGUGAUUCCCUUCAAGGACAACUGUCGCUGUUAAAUCAGCAAUCUGGUCUUGUUAUCACGCCUGCAACUACUGCUACACCUGCUUCGACAUCAUCGGCGUCCAAAUCGUCGUCAUUGCAUGCACGUAGUUUGUCAAAUGGUGCCACUGGUUCAUUUUAUGGAAAUAAUAAAUUGGGCAAUACAUCUACUGGUAACAAGUCGAUUCUUUGGGACUCGUCUAAUAAAUUGAAUCAAAAUUUGAACUUGCCAAAUUUUUCAAUUGACAAUGAAGUGUUGUCUACUCCUUUAGUUGUACCAAAUGCUCAACAACAAUUUUUGCCAGGUAAUAAUAAUAAAGGUGGUAACAAUUUGACUUCAUUUGAUGACAAGGAAAAUAUUAUGGUGAAUAAGUCGGUGGUUUCACAAAACUGUCCAUUGGCUUCUGGUGUUAGUACUGAUAGGUCUGUUACUGUUGCUGUCGCUGCUGCUCCUAUGAAAGGUGAAAAUGAAAUUGCCGCUAGCACUGGAUCAGGUGUGUCUGUUGUUGGAACGAACUCUGUAACUCGUGGUUGCACACCAACUUCGUCGUCGUCAACAUCAUCUGAUUUUGCUGGCACUGUGACUCAACCAAUCAGGUUCCCACAAAAGAUUGACAAGGAAUAUCUUGCGUCUAUCAACAAGUUACCAUUGACACAAUUGAAGCUGGAAAUUUUGAAACUUGCCAAGGAUCAAUAUGGUUGUCGUUUCUUACAAAAGAAGAUUGAUGAGAGUUUGGUUCCCAACUAUCAAGUUAGAUUGGCUAAUUUUGAAAUCAUUUUCAACCAAAUUUAUUCUCAUGUAUACGAAUUGAUAGUUGAUCCAUUUGGUAACUAUUUGAUCCAAAAAUUGAUUGUUUACUGUAAUGAAUCCAAUUUGGAUUUAUUAAUGGAAAUAUUACAAUACAAUUUGUUUCAAAUUUCCAUAAAUCAACAUGGUACAAGAGCUUUGCAGAAAAUUAUUGACAGUUUAAAUAACUCACAUCAAUUAGGGUUAUUAAUAAAAGGUUUAAAACCAUAUAUUAUUGAAUUGAUCAAAGAUCUUAAUGGUAACCAUGUGAUUCAAAAAAUAUUGAACAAAUAUGAACCUCCAGAUUGUCAAUUUAUUUAUGAUUCCAUCAUUGACGAUUUAUAUAUUGUUGCUACUCAUAAACAUGGUUGUUGUGUUUUACAGAAAUGUCUUAAUCAUGUUACGUUACAACAAUUGGGUGAAUUUUCAAGAGCUAUUUUGAAAUUUGAAAAUUUUAAAUUGUUGAUUAACGACCAAUUUGGGAAUUAUGUGUUGCAAUAUUUGAUUUCAAUCAAUUCAUUGGAUAUUAAUUUCCAAAUUUUCCAAAACUUUGUCAAUUUUGGUAUUUCCAAUUUAUGCAAUUUGAAAUUUAGUUCCAAUGUGGUUGAAAAAUUUUUAAAGAACUGUUAUGCAAAUGAAUCAGUCAAUGUAUCAUUUUCCAACUUGAAGUUUGAAUUGAUUUACAUUAUCUUGGUGAGUGAUUUGAAUGUGUUAAUCAAUGAUCCUUAUGGGAAUUAUGUUAUCCAAACAAUGAUUGAUAUUAUGGUCAACCCUCAAGUCAAUUACCAAAACAAUAACAUUGACAAAUUGUCCUUGGUUUUACCAGACAGACAAGAUAAUGGUGUUUUCCAACUGCAACAGAAAUUGCAAAUUGCUAUAAUUGAGUAUUGGUUUCAAAAUUGUAAGAUUGUUUCGAGUUUUGGUAAACGUAUUCAAUCAAAGAUCAACACAAUUUUGAACAAUAAUGUCCCAACAUCUAUUUCUAUGAACAAGAUGCAUAGAAAAUCACAAAUGAAUGCCAAUGGUGAAUUUAUUGUUAAUGAAUUUCCUCAACCAAAACGUCAAAUUCUGCAACCUUUACCAUUGUCAUACCGUAGCACAUCAUCUCCAGCUGGUGUUGGUAUUGUCAUGGGAGGAAUCAAUAAUGCCAAUGAAUAUUAUCCUAAAGUUAAUCUUCAAAAUAGAAACUUUUCGUUACCAACAAACUUUUAUAAUGUUAAUGCCAAUGUUAACAACAACAACAAUAACAAUAUUGGUGAUGGCAAUAAUGUCAAUAAUACUGUUAAUUCCAAUGUUACUACUAAUAAUAACUUUAAUGUCAACAAUAAAAAUAAUAUGAAUAAUUCUGUAUCAUCAUUUCAAUCGGGUAGUGUUAGUACUGGACCCUUUAAUAAUAAUUCUGCAUCAAAUUCUUUAAUUAACAUGAAUGGAAACAAUCAAGGCAAUCCGCCAUUUUUUGGUGACUAUGCUGUUAAUAAUGAUUACUUGACACAACAACAACAACAACAGCAGCAGCAACCAAUUGGAGUUGCUUCAUAUGCCGAUGCUUCUCAUAAACAGCAAUCAUCGAUUUCAUCUAUCAAUAUCCAACCAACUCAUAAUGCUAUGGGACAUUACACUACUAGUAUGGCUCAAAGCUAUACACCACCUUCAAUGCAACAAAUGCCACCACCUGGUGUCAUGCCAAACUUUUACAAUGGUGGUGCUGGUUUACCUCAACAGAUGUUUGGUCAUCAAGGACCACUUCCAAUUCCCCAACAACAGCAGCAGCAACAACAACAGCAACCAUAUCAACAGAGACAACAAACCACAGCAACAAAACAUAGCUCAACCAAUUUACAAUAA